AUGAUAAUUUAAAUACCAUCUACUAUAGAGAACUAAAGGACUUGUAAAAAAUACAAAAAUUUGCUAAAAACCAUAGUGCCAUCUAUUUUAAUUUUAAUCUUAUUGUAAACUAAAUAAAUAUUCACUUAAAAAAUUACUUUUUAGAAAACUAUCUACUUUUUGAUCUUGUUAUCAAAAAUUCAGCUAAAAAUAGAGUAACUAAAAAACCUGCUAACCCUGCAUGAGAAGAAGGAAAUCCGUGUCCUUAAGAGCAGCUUCCUUCAGGUCUUGGUUAUUUAAACAAUUUUUUUAGAAUUUCACAACCAAUAGUACUCGAAACAAACAUUGCAUUUAGUAUCAUAUUUCUUGCAGUCCUCUUGA